AUGUACUCCAUUGCUUUGGCCACAAUACACGAGAGGUAUCCUGAUCAGGAUUGGUUUAGGGUUUAUACUGACGGAUCGAUCACUCCUUCAGCUGGUGGAACAGGUGCCGGUGCCUACUCCAAACAUUUUAGUCUUCAGGAGCCUCUCGACACUUGGGCGGGUAACUUCGAUGGAGAAAUGAAUGCAAUUUUUAUAUCCAUCAGAUCUAUUGGAGAACCAGCUGAACAAAAUAUUGCUCUCUUUGUUGAUUCUCAGGCUGCGAUUCAGACCAUUACUGAUUACAAUCUAUAUCCUUCAGAACUUGAGCUUGAGUCUAAAAAAUCCAUUGAUUCUCUUUUGCGUUCCGGAAGAGAGGUUGUCUUCCAGUGGAUCCCAGGCGAUUGUGGCAUCUAUGGAAAUGAACGAGCGGACAUCUUGGCUAAAGAGGCUGCGCCCCUGCAUCCACCUUCUCGCCCGGUUCUACUUAGAAACGCUAAGCGACUUCUCGCAAGCAAAAUCCAACAUGCUACAGUCUCUGCCCUGAGGAACAAAGCUGACAGAAAGCUCUGGGCUUGCCUUCUGGCUGAUGAACAGCGUACGCGCCUUUCUUUCCUUCCCAGAGCCCUGGGAGUUGCCUCUUUCCGAAACAUUACUGGACAUGACUAUCUACAGGCCCAUUUAUAUAAAAUCAACCUGGCAGAUUCACCUCUUUGUGUGCUCUGUGAGGGCACUUCUACAAUGACAGCGGAGCAUCUUUAUAGAUGCUCCUCUCUUCAUGAUAUUCAUAAUUGUGAUGACUUCCAGGCCCUAACACCCUUUGAAGCCACUUCAUUGUUAUACUGGACAGCAAGACGCCUUAUGUUUAAAAGAACGAUGGUGGGCGUAAUUAAAAAAAAAUUACAUAGAAAUUCAUAUUUGUCAUUCAUGUUUGAACCCCUUUUCUACUGUGAUAAAAAGAUACAGUCGCUCUUUCUGUGUUACAGAAUGCUCUCCAAUUCAAUUUUCAACCUUCGAUGCGUUCGUGAUCGCUUCAAAAUGAGGGUCAACUAG